AUAACAAGCAAACCCAACAUCAAAAGCUCCCAGAGGAAGUUCCAGUGCUGGAUUGGAAUCAGAAUCAGGCCUUGGUUCUGCCUUCUCGACACAAAACAGGAGGCCCACACUCGUCAUCCAGAGCGCACUGAGGAGGCUGAAUCUUUACCCCAGCACGAGGCCCCUGCUCAGCAUCCACAGACCCCUGAGGAGGUUGAAUCUUUUUCACCCCAGGCAGAGGCCCGGGCUCAGCCUCCAGAGCCCGCUGAAGAGGUAGAGCCACCUCCACUUCAGCAGGAGGCUCCAUCUCAGCCUUCAGAGGCCCCUGAGGAACUAGAAACUUCAAGUCCCCAGGAGGCCCUAGCCCAGCCUUUGGAGACACUUAAGGAGGUUGUAGUUCGACCAGUAGCACAUCAUGGGGUAAAUGAAACUCAGCAGUCAAACUUGUACAAUGUCACUGUUAAACCUCUGGAUCUGGCACUGACCAUAACUCCACAGGUCACCAAAGAGGUUGAACCUUCUCCAGUCCAGCAGGAGACCCCAUCUCAGCCUCCAGAGAGCCCUGAGGAGGUUGAACCUCCGCCAGUCCAGCAGCGGGCCCCAUCUCAGCCUCCAGAGAGCCCCGAGGAGGUUGAACCUUCUCUACUCCAUCAAGAGGCCCCAACUCAGACUCCAGGGUUCCCUACUGAGUAUGUACUUCAAAUUCCAGUGAGUGAUGAGGUAGCAUCUCUCCCUGGCGUUCAGCGUCACGCUCAUUCAAACUUGCCCAGUGUGACACUUCAACCUCUGGAUUUGGAACUUAGCAUCACUCCAGAGCCCACUCCGGAAGCUGAAUUUCCUACAGCUCAGCAGGAGGCCCUGGCUCCACCUCUUGAGCAUCCUGAGGAGACAGAAUCUUCUCCAACCCAACCAGAGACCUCAGCUAAGCCUCCAGAGCCUCCUGGAGAGGUUGAGCCUUCACGUGAGCGGGAGCAACCAGCUCCGCCUUCUGAGCCUCCUGGGGAAGUUGAACCUUCUCCAACCCAGCAGGAGACCACAGGUCAGCCUCCAGAGCCUCUUGUGGAAGCUGAGCCUUCUCCAAGUGAACAGGAACAACCGACUCAGCCUUCUGAGCCUACAGAGCCUCCUGAGGAGGUGAAGCCAGCAACCCAGCAGGAGACCCCAGCUCAGCUUUCAGAGUCUUUUGGAGAAGCUGAAAGUUCUGCAACCCAGGAGGAAGCCUCAACUCAGUCUCCAGAGCCCCCUAGUGAGACAGAAUGGUGUCCAGCCCAGCAGGAGAUCCCAGCUCUGUCUCCAGCGGAGACAGAAACUUCUGCAACCCUGCAGGAGCUACCAGCUCAGCCUCCAGAGCCUUCUUGAGGGCAGGUGGAACCUUCUGCAACUCAACAGGAACAGCCAGCUCAACUUCCAGAGCAUCAUGAAAUGACAGUUUCACCUCCAAGUCACCGUCAUGCUCAGCAUUCAAACUUAUCCAGUGUCGCUGUCAAACCUGCAGAUGUGGAGCUUACCAUAACAAAA